GGGAAGGGGGCGCGCACGUUUACGGGUUCCUGCCUUUGUGUUGUUUUUCGUGUGUGAAGGGGACGGAGUUAGUGGCUUGGUCUAGCUGUUUAACAGCGCAGGUUAGCUGUUCCGCGGAAAUUGCAUUGUCCUUACGAGGGAUACCUGGUUCCUGACAAGGUUUGUAAUUGACUCUGGGAGGAAAAGAAAGCCCCGAAAAGAAGGAGUCCUGCCGACGACUGACGAAAUGCCUAACAGAGUCCUUCGCGUGGCCGAGCCUCGCGCGUCGGUCUGAUAACCGUUGAGAUGGACUGCUGCCGAUCCGGGAAAAACAUACAAGUCUGUCUGUCCGGGAACUCGGCUUCUUCGCCAACUCAGUGAAUAACAGGAAUGCCCAAAGAGAAAUAUGACCCGCCAGACCCGAGGCGGAUGUACACAAUAAUGUCAAGUGAGGAGGCGGCCAAUGGGAAGAAAUCUUACUGGGCGGAACUUGAGAUCAGCGGUAAAGUGAAGAGUCUCAGCUCAGCGCUAUGGAGCCUGACUCACCUCACCGCCCUGUACCUUAGCGACAACUCCCUGUCGCGCAUCCCCCCCGACAUUGCCAAACUGCACAACCUGGUGUAUCUGGACCUGUCAUCCAACAAGAUCAGGAGCCUGCCGGCGGAGCUUGGCAACAUGGUUUCUCUCAGGGAACUGCUUUUAAAUAACAACCAGUUGCGGGUUCUGCCUUUCGAGCUGGGAAAACUGUUUCAGUUACAAACACUGGGGCUGAAAGGGAACCCACUCACACAAGAAAUCUUGAACCUGUAUCAGGAACCUGAUGGGACUCGACGGCUGCUCAGCUACCUUCUGGACAAUCUCGCUGGCACCGUCAAACGCAUCCCCACAGAGCAGCCUCCGUCCAGGUCCUGGAUUGCCCUUCAGGAGCCGGACAGGACACGACCUUCAGCCCUGUUUUCCGUCAUGUGUUACAACGUGCUGUGUGACAAGUAUGCCACACGACAACUGUAUGGCUACUGCCCGUCCUGGGCGCUCAACUGGGAGUAUCGGAAGAAGUCCAUCAUGCAGGAGAUUCUGAGCUGCAGUGCAGAUAUCAUUAGCCUGCAGGAAGUGGAAACAGAGCAGUAUUACAAUUACUUCCUGGUUGAGCUAAAGGAACAGGGUUACGAUGGAUUCUUCAGUCCCAAGUCCCGAGCCAGAACCAUGUCAGAAUCAGACCGGAAGCAUGUCGAUGGUUGUGCAGUAUUCUUCAAGACGGACAAGUUCAGCCUCGUCCAGAAGCACACGGUGGAGUUCAACCAAUUGGCCAUGGCCAACUCUGAGGGCUCGGAACCCAUGCUGAACCGGGUCAUGACGAAGGACAACAUUGGUGUGGCUGUGCUCUUAGAACUGCGCAAGGAGAUGAUAGAGAUGUCCUCUGGAAAGUCUUGCCAUGGAAUGGAGAAGCAGCUACUCUUGGUGGCCAACGCCCACAUGCACUGGGACCCGGAGUACUCGGACGUCAAGCUGGUCCAGACCAUGAUGUUCAUGUCUGAGGUGAAGAACAUUGUGGACAAGGCCACUCGCACCCUCAAGCUGUCCUCGACAUCCGGGGAGGCCAAUGCCAUUCCACUCGUGCUGUGUGCUGACCUCAACUCGCUGCCAGACUCGGGUGUGGUGGAGUACCUGAGCACAGGUGGGGUGGACUGCACCCACAAAGACUUCAAGGAGUUGCGCUACAGUGACAGCCUCACCAACUUCAACAGCAAUGGCAAGAAUGGCACAUCCAGCACGAGGAUCACACACGGCUUCAAGCUGAAGAGCGCCUACGAGAAUGGCCUGAUGCCUUACACCAACUACACCUUGGACUUCAGGGGCGUGAUUGAUUACAUCUUCUAUUCGAAACCCCACCUCAACGUCUUGGGCAUCCUGGGGCCUCUCGAUCCCCACUGGCUCAUUGAAAACAAUAUUACCGGUUGCCCGCACCCCCAUAUUCCUUCUGAUCACUUCUCCCUGUAUGCACAACUGGAGCUGGUCCUGCCCUACCCACCGCCCAUCAAUGGAAUUCACCUGCCGGGUCGCAGGUAGUCCCGUGAGCCACCGGGGACGCUCCACCUCCCUCACACUCCUCAAAACUCAAAGGAAGAGAACACAAUCUUUAAAAUUCAAGUCAUACAAUACGAGGUGUGAGGUAUGGCCAGCAGGGAUUUGUUUUUUUUUUUGUAUGUAUAAUUUUUGUGUUUUCCUUUAAUUGUUUGUAUUCAUUUUAAUUGAGGAAUCUAAAGUCAAUCAAGUCUCUUGCUAUACACCCCCCGCAUUCAUGUUCUUUCGUUAUACAUUGAUGGACCACACAGUGAGUUUGUCCUAUUUCUUUAAAUGUUGAGCAUUUCACUUUUUUUAAAAACACCCCCAGUCCAGGUCCAUUAAGCUUUCACAGUCUAGCUUAGACCGUUUGUUCACAGAGAGAGGAAGCGUUUUAUUUACCAGAAGUGUAAAUGUGUCUGUGUGCCCGCUGUCCCCCCACACGCCCCCUUUGCUCAUGUGAUGACUUGUCGGUGUAGGAGGGCACCAGCCACGUCUUUGCCUUUGUGCUUUUGGUGCUGAAACCAGCUCUUCUGCUGCUGUCACCUCCAUUACCCCCUUCUCUGGGGGGCCUGGGUGUUUAGGUAUUCGCUUGAUUGAGGUGUAUCUCAUGCUGGCCCAUGCAUGGUCGAGUGGCCCCUCCCACCCUCAUACUUUGGAAUGGAGGAGGACAGUGGUGUAGUGAUAUGAGAUGGUGGCCUUUUGGUGGGGAGCACACCGCGGAGGCAGGGUCCGUUCCGGACGUGUAUUGCCACGACGGCACCCAUGCUGGGUCAGAAAGGGGGUGCAGCUCGAAGCAACAUCACUCCCGGCACCUGCUUUACAGCGCCAUGCACCCCGAGCCCUGACAUCACGGGCAUCAGUCAGCACUACCCUCCAGGGUGGGCGAGGAUCCACUGCUGGUCAUCCUUCUGAUUUACCUGGCAAGUUCUCACAUGGGCACCAGCGUGUGUACACACACAUAGACACAGGUACACACACAUAGACACAGGUACACACACAUAGACACAGGUACACACACAUAGACACACACAUAGACACACACAGACACACACACACACACAGAGAGACACACACACAGAGAGACACACACACAGAGACACAAAGAUCAGUAGCAUGGGCCAUGAACUUUAUAUUUCACUCUGGGGGGGGAUUUUUCACAUGGACGUUUGUAUGAAAUAUUAUAUUUGGAUUUAGCCUUUACAUGAUUGUAUAAAACCUGGUUUUUGACAAUUUUGUACUUAUAAUAAAUUAGGACCAGAUUUGGGGGAAAAUGAUUGUAUUGUAAAUGAAGGCUAAGUUUUUAUCCAUUUAUUGUGAAUGAGAGGAAUGUAAGUAAGCAGCUUUGGCAAAAGAUGAAAAGGGCAGCUGUGGAAGGCCUGUCUGCCGCUGUGUUUGCACUCUAGGCUCUGUCCUCUAUAUAAUUUUUAACCCCCCAUAUCAAAAUUUGUUUUUGAACACUUGUUAAGCCUUGGAGUUCUAGCACACCCGAACACUGAUGUGCACUCAGUAGUUCAUUUGGGGGAAGCAGGCUGCACACCCCUUAUGUCCAGCUGAAUAUUGAUGUGCAUACGACGGUCUGACCACGUCCCGUCCCUUGACCCAUUUCAGGUAGUGGGCUGCACAUCCCUUUUUCAGCUGCUUCACCAUCUCACCUUUUUGACUAAAGUGUACACCCCCCUUAUUGUAGUGCCUCUGGGUUCAGCCUUUGUCCAGAGGAACAAGCACCAUCCUCAAUCCUCAACCAUGCUGAUCUCCCUCCGUGGGACCAUGGUCUAUCUGUCUGCCCCCAACCCCAGGUGUCAGUAUGUGGGCACAUUGUGGGCUCUGCUAUGUUCAAUUUUGGGGCAGGUGUUGAUAGGGUGUCGUUCGCAGUGUGGAGCCUGAGAUGUGGAGCUAGUCCUUUGUUUGGGCUGGGCUGGGGUGGGGGGGGGGGGGCGAGGGCACCUUGCACUUCCUGCACUGCCAGCAAACACCUGCACAGCAUCUCUUUUCACUUUUUUUUCCCCUGAAGAUCUUCUGUGAUCCUUUUUUGUUAUUGCCACCCUAGCCAUGACCUUUUCAUGUUUCCAUUGGGUUUUUAGUACUCUUGUGAGGUCAUGAUUCAGCCCCCCCCCCCCCCCCCCGCACCAUGUUGUUACACCUAUCAGAACAGCUCAGAGAGCUGAAAACGUUUGCUGGUCAAAGUUGCUUUUUGAAGCCAAAUAAGUCUGCUCAGAUUUAGUUUGGAUCCACAAACUGUUGUCACCUGUACAUAGUUUCCCCAGCGUCUUUGUUUGUGCCAUUUAAUGUAUAAUACCAUGAAGCCAAUGUGGCGAUCGGAAUCUAGUUCUUUAGACCGUUCUGAGCCAUGCUGGGGAUUAGAUGGAAACCAUGUCUGAAUGUGCAGCCCUGUCUGCCUCCCACGUGCCAGACCUCCGUAGCCUUGCAUUGUUUCAUCCACAUCUCCAGGGUCCCGGGUGACUCCCAAGUCAGCCCAACAGAAUGAGACGAACUCAUUGUUCAGCAUACAGUUAAUAUCACACGGAGGAACUGGGUCGGUGUUUGUGUUUUUAAACAAAGGUAACCGAUUUGCAAGCACUUAAGGCAAAUCUAUUAUGCAGCUAGCCUGUAAAAAAUGUGAUCACCUUUUUAGGAAUCUUUUUUUCUUCAUGUAAAAAAUCAUAUUUUAAUUGCUUUUUACAAAUGGAGAAGGGAUUAAAACAAGGGAAAGUUUAAAUAUGCCGGCCUUGUCCAUGAUCUGCUCAUUCCUGCACUCCCCUCCCCCCCCCCUUUCCCCCCCUUUUUUGGUUUGUUUGGAAAAGAAAAUGUUAAAUUUAUAAUAACCUUGAAUUGCUGGUAGUGUUGUAUUAGAUCGAGAUAGCUUUUGUAAAGUGUGAAUAAAAGGUGUACUGUUUCCUUUUUUUUAAAAAAAAAUGGCUGUGUUGUUGCAGAUAUGAAUUUAGUGUUAUGAUUGGAUGUUUUUUUUGUCCUUUUUACCCAUUUUUUUUAAAUCAUACUAUUAAACCAAAUAUUUUUUUAAUAUGUAUAUGGAAACGUUAGCGAGUUAAAAUGGAUAUAUUUGGUUUCUAACUGAGAUUCAAGACACUUAAAGAAAAAAGAAAAGCUGUCAUUAAAAGUGCAGCUUCAGAGAGAGUAAUACAUGGGAAAGGAUGGUCAUUGUCGCCAAAUUUGAAUCUCAAAGCUGUAUCUUGAGCCGUUCUUUGGAAAGUCACACCAGGCCAGUGGAUUGGCAGGAAGCUCCGCCCCCUCGGCAAGCAGCACGCAGCAUAUGGAGUGACAUGGGUAAUGUCACCUUGCUGAUUUGUCAUCUCCGUGUCAUGAGUCUCGGUGAUGACCUUUGGCCCCGCCCCUAACCCACUGUAGUUCAAGAUGGGUGAGAGGCAGUCCGCUCCCCUGACUGGUCAGUCAUUUGUCUCAAGGAUUGCAACGGUGUCCCUCUAGGAAUAGCAAGGUGACCAAUGGGUUUGUAGUUUUGCGCUUUGUUUCCCUAUUUUUUUUUCUUAAGUAAGUUGACUAUGUAUGUUUGUUGUUGACCUGCAAUAUUAGAACAGACCCCACCCCUCAAAGUAGACUGGAUACCUCCCCAUCCACAUACACACAGGAGAGACUCAGAUACUUGGCAAUAAUCGUACCCACUUUAAAUUAUUUUAAUGCUCUUACAGCAACUAUCUGGUGGAGAUCUUUCCAGCAUUAUGUUAUGGUUCGUUUUGGACAGUGUUUCCCUACCUGGUCCUCGGUGACCCCCCACACAGUCUAUAUUUUUGCUCCCUCUCAGCUUCCUGUCAGACGGUCUAUAUUUUUGCUCCCUCUCUGCUCUCUGCUAGGCAGUCUGCGUUUCGUACCGGGAGCUUGGACGGAGCAAAAAGGUGGAUUUCUGGGGGUCUCUCAAGGGCCAGGUUGAAAAAGGCUAAUUUAGGAGGAAGUUCUUUUCUGCUUUGAUGUUUGACCUCUCCCUCCAGCCUUCUGUGUUCGUUCCAUAGUGAUAGUUAUUUGAUAAGGACUGUCUAUCUGUAGCUGGCAAAGUACAUGCGCGCGCAU